UUGAUACAUUUCGCUGCGAUUCGCCUCGCCUUACGGAUACCCCAGUGAAUUUAUCUGACUCGCAAUGCUUCCUCCUGGAUUGGAGACACCGCGGCAGGUAAAGCAGUACUACUAUGAUCUAUACGACGAGUUGAUCGAUUCGGGACAAUUUCGACCCUUUGUCUAUCCCUGGGUUGCCUUGGGCGCCAUAACAAUCUUGGUCUACCUCCUCAUCGAUCAUCGGAAAUCGCCAACUCUGCAAGCCUUGCGAUUUCCUCUCUAUGGCUUCCUUUGUGCAUUCUCUGGUUGGUGUAUUGCCACCAACAGAGGAAGGCAUCCUGCUGCGGCAUAUGGCGUUGGUCUCAUCAACGCGUGGGGCACUUUGUGGUGUGGUACGAUAAUGUUCUUCAACGACUGCCAGGUCGACUUCCAACGGAUUGAGCAUGCAGACAAUGUGAUACCGGAUAGCUCUCGCACGAAUGGAGGUAUUAUGCGGUCUAAUGAGACGAUGACCGGGCAGUCAGGAUCCACUGAAGUUCGCACCAGGCCUGGACCGUCGCAGAAGCGCGGUAGUCUGUACUGGCAGUCAUAUCCAUCCGGACCCGUUCUGGAACGCCUGGACUGGAUCUCCGACCUGUUCUGCUCGUUCAGAGGUGUGGGCUGGAAUAUCAAAUCUGCUGGCAUUCCAUCCAUACCUACUUGGGCCAAAGCAGAACUUGACGGUCAUGAAAGCGAAACCAACGAUCGAAAGGUCGUUGACAUUUGCUCUGCUGGCACUCGACGGUUCUCGGACAGAAACGCACUGCUACGAUACGUUUUCAUCAGAUUGGUCAUCGGCUUCUUUGCUCUGGACGCCACCAAGACUCUCAUGCACCAUGAUCCGUACUUCUGGGGAUACAUGGACGCACCACCACCGGCGUUUCUUCCUGAUAUGAUCAGGUCUUCCGCCGUACUCGUCAAAUGCUAUCGACUGCUGUUAUCCUUGGCAGGAAUUCAUACUCCGCUUUUGGAGAUCUUCAGACUCGGCCCGCUAUUCUUCUGUGGUGUUCUUGGUCCUCCCAUCCUCGGUGCGCGCGGUGAGGCGUGGAUGAACCCUCCCGACUUCUUCGGCAACCUUUCCACGAUCUUCAACAAAGGCCUCGCAGGGUUCUGGGGCGAGUACUGGCACCAGACCUUCCGAUACUCGUUCGAAGCGCCCGCGAAACGAGUAUUGGAAUAUCUGAAAGUUGAGAAAAGGUCCUCUCGUGGAAGGCUUCUUUCAAUAUUGCUUGCUUUCUCCCUUUCAGGCUGUCUUCACGCUUGUGGAAGCCAUACUCAACUUGGAGAUACGCGACCCAUUGCCGGACCAUUCCGCUUCUUCCUCUUGCAAGGGAUUGGCAUCAUUUUACAGACGGCAAUCUCAGAUCGAUUGCGGAAAGUGGCGAUCUUCGAGAACGCUCCAAAAGUGAUACAACAGUCUGCGAACUUUGCAUUCACGGUCAUUUGGCUCUACCAUACCGCACCGCUUUUGACCGAUGAUUUUGCCAAAGGAGGAGUCUGGCUAUACGAGCCCGUUGCGUUCAGCCCACUGCGAUUGAUCGGUCUUGGAGCGAAGGACGACAGGAGUUGGGACUUGUGGUUUGACAUGAUCUGGUGGCGAAGUGGCAAGCAUUUCUGGGACACUGGCAUUGCAUUCUAG